AUGUUACAAGCUAUACACAUCAACCUGGGAAAGUUGUACUUUUACAUACGCAAACUCAGAGUGGAAAAGUUAAGCGGAACCUUUGAGCGGUUGGUGCCAUCCUUAGCCGGACGUAUUUCUGUUGUGCACUGGAGCUCAAAGGCAACAUUUCAAAUGGCAGUUACCCUUCAUACAGAUCUUGGAGACCUUAAGAUUGAGUUGUUUUGUGAACGCGCUCCGAAAUCAUGUGAGAACUUCCUUGCCUUGUGUGCCAGUGGGUUCUAUAAUGGUUGCGUCUUCCACCGAAAUAUAAAAGGCUUCAUGGUUCAGACUGGUGACCCUACAGGCACUGGGAAAGGGGGAACAAGUAUAUGGGGCCGCAAAUUUGAAGACGAGUUUAGUGAGCACUUAAAGCAUAAUGUAAGAGGAGUCGUCUCCAUGGCAAAUAAUGGCCCCAACACGAAUGGUUCCCAGUUUUUCUUCACAUAUGCCAAACAGCCCCAUCUGGACAUGAAGUACACAGUGUUUGGAAAAAUCAUUGAUGGCUUGGAAACACUGGAUGAACUGGAGAAGCAGCCCGUGAAUGAAAAGACAUUCCGACCGCUGACCGACAACCGGAUAAAGGAUGUGACCAUUCACGCUAACCCUUUUGCUGGUUAGCUUUCAUUUUUAGGCAUUCAGACAUGGAAUUGUUUUGUUCCAGGAGGCUUCUUGAUACAGUGCCUUGCCUAAGUUAAAAUGGACCACUUGUCAAAGAGGGAAGAAAUUGGAGAGAGAAAAUCAGACAUUUUCAGACAAAAUGACUUGUGAACAUGCAGAGGGCUGAUUUGUCUUAAAGACAAGUUGAAGUCGCUGUCUGUGGAGUAAAACUGUUGUAACUUGAUUAAAAAAAAAUAAUUCAGGGUGGUGCUCAUUCGCGUUUUUAUUUCUUUGCUCUUUUUAAACCCACACUGAAGUGACAGAAACAUUGAAAUGUGUUCCUGCAGAUGUAUUCAGAAGGGAAUUUAAAAAAAUAAAA